CUUUCAUCCUCUCACUCAUUCGCAGCUUUUCCCUCUUGCCCUCACAAGCAGAUCCAUUUCUACACAAUGUCCGAGCACGCCUCCCCUAACGCCGAAUCCAAGCCCAAGCCAGACGACAACACUCUCAACAUCAAGAUCCGUGCGACAGACUCGUCUGAGGUCUUCUUCAAGAUCAAGAAGACUACCAAGCUGAACAAGCUUAAAACCGCCUACGCUGACCGCGUGGGCCAGGAUCCUGCUGCUAUCCGCCUCCUCUUUGACGGCACGCGUAUCCUCGACAACCAGACUGCCGAGGACUUGGAGAUGGAGGACGGCGAUGUCCUUGAGGUGUUGCUUGAGCAAGUUGGUGGCUGCUAGUCUGGCACCGCCCACUCCCUCAUAUCACUCGCCAUAUCUCGUGCUGUUUAUUCGCCACCGGGCUCUCCCUCCGCAAGGUCAGAGACUCCUAAGCCCCGUUGUGUACUUCUCAAUGUAACUUCAUCAACAUACCCGAUUCUCACUCUGGAACGACGCAGUUGAGAU